AUGACAGCAACACAUAAUGUUUACGAUAUCCUGACACAAAUUUUCAGUAAAGUCUCAUCACAAUAUGAAGAAGAAGAUAAUUCGAAUGAUCGACAUUUAUUUCCUCAUCAAUUAAGUGAUGUGGGUGAAUAUCUUGAUAAUAAACUUACUAAUAUAGCUAUAGUGUCCUCAAAACCUCCACUUGAUUAUGAACAAUAUCGUAUUGGACCUUCGACAACUAGUUUAAUUUUAAAUGAUGCAACUGGAAUUGUUCAAUGUACACGUUCUGAUUACACUGGUAUUGCUAGUUUUAAUACAGUUCGAGCUGAUGUAUGUGUUUUUCGUGGUAAAUGGCAAUAUGAAGUAUUACUUGAAACGCGUGGUGUUAUGCAAUUUGGUUGGUGUACAAUAAAAUGUAAUUUUUCUCAAGAAAUUGGAGUUGGUGAUACUUGGACAUCAUUUUCAUAUGAUGGUGGACGUAUAAGAAAAUGGAAUGUACAAAAUUCGAAAUAUGGCGAUCCUUGGUUAGCAGGUGAUAUUAUUUCAUGUUUAAUCGAUUGUGAUGAAGGAACAAUUUCAUUUAAAAGAUCAUCACGUAUUGAACAAGUUGUAGAUUCAACAACUGGUCGUGUUAUUGACAGUGUCAAACCAAAUGAAAAUUAUACAAAAGACAAAUAA